AAUCAGGUUAAAUGAAAACUAACUUCACUUUGUGUUAGUCACAGACAGUCAAGCGAACAUGGCGGCCAUUGACGUAGAGCCUACAAAAAUCGAGGCUGCGAUGCGUACGCUUAAGUUGUCGGGGCAUGUCGGCUUCGACAGCCUGCCAGAUCAGCUGGUAAAUAAGAGUGUUCAAAAUGGAUUCGUAUUCAACAUCCUAUGUAUAGGUGAAACUGGUUUGGGAAAGUCAACUCUGAUGGACUCUCUAUUCAACACCAACUUCGAGUCUUCCCCGAGCCCGCACAACUUGCCAACUGUGAAGUUGAAAGCACAUACAUAUGAGCUACAGGAGAGCAAUGUUAGACUAAAGCUCACAAUCUGUGACACCGUUGGCUACGGUGAUCAGGUUAAUAAAGAGGACAGUUUUAAAGCUGUGGUCGACUACAUUGAUGCACAGUUCGAAGCAUACCUGCAAGAGGAACUCAAGAUCAAGCGUUCACUCCCCUCAUACCAUGACAGUCGUCUGCAUGUAUGUCUAUACUUUAUUUGCCCAACUGGGCAUGGUCUUAAAUCCAUUGACCUGGUGUGCAUGAAGAAGCUGGACACCAAAGUGAACAUAAUUCCUAUCAUCGCUAAAGCUGAUACAAUUUCUAAGACUGAGCUACAAAAGUUCAAGUCCAAGAUAAUGCAAGAGCUGCAAGCGAACGGUGUGGAGAUCUACCAGUUCCCCGUCGACGACGAGUCCGUGUCCGAGGUCAACGGCACCAUGAAUAGCCACAUACCCUUCGCGGUCGUCGGCAGCACUGACUUCGUCAAGAUCGGCAACAAGACCGUGCGCGCGCGACAGUAUCCCUGGGGCACCGUGCAGGUGGAGAACGAGUCCCAUUGCGACUUCGUGAAGCUGCGCGAGAUGCUGAUCCGCACCAACAUGGAAGACAUGCGCGAGAAAACGCACGCGCGGCACUACGAGCUGUACCGCCGACGCCGCCUCGCGCAGAUGGGCUUCUCCGACGUGGACGCCGACAACAAGCCCCUGUCGUUCCAGCAAACAUUCGAGCAGAAGCGCAGCGCUCACCUUCAAGAGCUGCAACAGAAGGAGGACGAGAUGCGGCAGAUGUUCGUGCAGCGUGUCAAGGAGAAAGAGGCCGAACUUAAGGAAGCUGAGAAGGAGCUCCAUUCGAAAUUUGAUAAGUUAAAGAAGGAUCACACGGAAGAGAAGAAACGUCUCGAAGAACUUCGCAAGAAGAUAGAAGACGACACGAUCGAGUUCAACCGCCGCAAGCAGCAGUCGGCGCAGUCGCACCACACGCUCACCCUCGGCAAGAGCAAGAAGAAGUAACCCGCCCGCCACCGCCACUGGGCGCACCACUCGCGACACAAAUCACCGGUUCUCACUGUCUUGCUCCUUUAUUUGGUGAUUUUAUCACGAAAUGGCGAAUCUGUAUUUUUUAGUAGUUCAGUCAGACUUAAUUGUAAACAGCAUAGGUGUCUGCUUGGUUUUUUUUUUAUUUUAUACCAAAUUGAGUAGAAAUUGAAAUCUAUGGAAUAUGAAAUCGAAAACAAAACCCGUAUUUAACACUCACUGAAUGUUAAUUAUUAUUAAAAUAAUAUGCCAUGAAAUAACCCUUAAACGCCUAAAGUCUGAAAUUUUGUUAUAUUAAAAAUCUAAGACAUCUACAAACUAAAUGAUUUGGUAAAAAUAUAAUACCCGAUUGAAAUUAGUUAAUAUAAUAUAUCUUAGUUUUCGUAAUUAUGAUAUAAAUGAACUAACACAUAUAUGAUGCAUUAUAAUGUAGAAACUAUGCCACUAUACCAAUAUGAUAGUUAUAUCAGAGUAACCACCUGACACAGAGAAAUGAUUCUCAAGUCUCGCAACAGACUUAAAUUCUAAUUUGCACUUAGCCAUAUGUUAGUUAUGAAAAUUUUAUACCAAAAUUUAUUUAUACAUUAGCCCUAGAUUAUGUUUUUUAGUUAUAAUCAAUACAUGUAAUAAUUUUAUUAUUUUUAUCCAUUUAAAGGAACUAUAGCGAUGCCACUAGAGACACUUCAAUAUGUCUAAUCUCACAACCAAUAUAAAUAUUUAUAAUGAGUUGGUAAAUGUGAUAAAACAUGUUUAUGUUUGAAUAGUUUAUUGAGCAAGUGUUGCUCCACGACAUCACUUAUACCACAGGAGUAUUGGUUAGGUAAAGCGUUAAGGAUAAACAUGGACGCUAUGAACUCAUUUACCUUAGGUAUAUACUCUUUAUGUAUGACUUUUCAAUUUGUAAUUUAAACAAAAAAUUUAGUGACAUUAUUUUUUUCCAGAACAGAUAUUAUCUGUGAAAGAUUAUCUCAAUUGUAACGAUGGGUCUUUUUAAAAAAUAAGAGUAACUGUGUUUAUAUGACUAAGAUAUCGAGCGGUGCAAAUGUGCUUUGACCGAUAAAUUUUAGUUUGAAUAUAAGUUUAUAAAACAUGUAUUAUUUCACUUAAAAUGCCAGUAUGCUUAAACACAGUUUAAUGCUCUCUUAAUUAAAUUGUAAGAAUAGUUUGACAAAUAUUUGUAACAUAAGAGUUUGCAUAAACAUUUAUUUUGCAUUUAAUCAUUCAUUCCGUAUCAGUUAUUUUAUUUUGUAAUUACAUAUAUAGUAUUUUGAAAAUUUGUAUUAUUUUAUAGGAAUAUUUAAAUAAACCUAAAAUUAA